CGGCAUCUCGGACUCCCGUGUCCUACGGCAUACGUACUCACAGCCAAGCGAUGCUUCGUGCGUUGUCCUGCCAUCUCUGUGCACCCGCUUUCAUUCUGGCCGAUGCCGUCACCUGCCUUUUAUGGAAAUGCUAGAUGGUAGAAUGCUUCCGCUUCAUAGCAGGGUCUUACAAUGGAGGGUACGACGUUGGACUUGCACGUCAAGGAUGGCUGGCAGCGCUAGUGGCUGGAUAAAUUGCUUGUACUUCCUCGUGGCCCCAUGAAACCAAUGGGAGUGCGAGAUAUAAAUGAAACUGGAAGAUAUCCUAGGAAAGGCUCACCGUCUUUCCUCUCUUGCAUUCUCUUUUGAUUUUCCCGGCCCCCGCCCCGCCCCGCCAACCUUAACCGGCCUUUACCAAGAUGAACUUCCGGGCUGUAAUCCUGCUCCUACUGGCGACGUAUGUCAGCGCUCUCGCAGUCCCUCCGGUGAUGUGGACGCUCGAGGAAGGUUGGACCAACGCCAAACGGUUCGCAGCCAACCUCGCCCCUCUCAAGCCCAAGUCUCUGUACGCGCCCACGAAGGUCCUCGCUUCCAGGCAUUCUGCUUCUCCCAGCCCGAGCCCUUCAUCUGGACCUACCUCUGUUUGCUCCGGAUUCGUUAGCGUGUAUUCAGUAGGCCAGGGGCCCUCCGGGUGGCUCUCCGCAACGGUGAUGAACGCUACCGGAGUUUACAGUACAACGACGAUGGACAAGUCACAGGCUCUCAAAGUCUCCAUCCCUUGCAUAACGAAAGACCAUUCUGCCCUGAAGGCCUAUAAUGGCCCCGACAAGAAGACUUGCUACGUUGGUUUCAUCCAAGAGGAGGACGAGCCUGACAUUGGCGCGGGCUCGGAGAACUUUGGUCUCAUCGGCCCCACUGCCUGGACCGACUCCGGCGCGAAACCCGCAGUUGGCGACAACUACUACGACGUCAUCACGGACGACCCGACGCUGAUCGAGGCCUCCGUCUGGAAGUACAACUCGAAGACCACUGAGCUCACCGCAGCAUGGAUUAACACCGACGGCAGCUCCGUGCCCUCCACCCUCUUCUGGGACACCGACUAUUACUGGUUUGGCUUCACCGGUGACCUUGGCAAGCUCAUCAGCGAGUACGGUUCCGGCAACAACUUCGUCCAGGUCAAGUUCUAUCUUGACGCAUAGAUCUUUCGUGCCCUACCCAAU